UGACUUGAUCCUGAUGCCUCCUAAACGAGCGAUGUGGUCAGAAAAAGACCUCAUAUCAGCUGUCAGAGCGGUAGAAAGAGGAACUUUGAGUUUUUAUCAAGCUGCAGAAAGAUACAAAGUUCCACGACGAACCAUCAGAAAUCAUCUCCAGAGUGGUAAUUUAACAAAAUCCCUUGGUCGAAAAGCCCUGCUGAGUAAUAAUCAGGAAGCUGAUCUUGUACAAAGAAUAACCAGAUUCGCUGAAAUAGGACUGCAUGUGACACCUCGAAUACUUAGUCGCUUAGUUUUUAAAUUUUGUGAGCAGAACAACAUUAAAACUAAUUUUAAUAAGAAUUCUAGGCUUGCUGGUAAAGACUGGUUUCAGGCGUUCAUGAAAAGAAACCCAGAAAUUUCAAAAAGAAAAGCUCAAUUUAUAAACCCAGCUAGAGCACAAAAAUUAAAUAAAUUUAUCGUUGAUGAUCACUUUCUAAAGAUAAAAAUAAUCUAUGAAAAACUGAAUGUAAAACAUCAUCCAGGAAAAAUUUAUAACAGAAAUAAAAAAGGUUGUCGUUUAACAAUUCAUCAUCAACAAAGUGUUUUAGCCAAGAAAGGGGCCAAAAGAGUACAUUUACAGUCUUCGGAGCAUGCCGAAAAUGUAACUAUCGCGAGAUGUAUGAAUGCACUUGGUAAUGCUAUACCACCAAUGAUCAUCUUUAAAGGCAAACGUUUAAAGCCGGAACUGUAUAACAAUUUACCACCAGGUUCUUUAGUCUAA